CUCUCGCUCUUGCAAGAACAACAACAAGACGAGUACGACACAUAGUCGGUCGACAGACGACGAUGAAAUCUCUCAGCGAACCCGAUUAAUCGCCGAGUUUCCGACGACAUUAUACCCGGAAUUUCAGUUUUCCGAUACUCCCCCUUCAGCUCCGGCGACACAAUGACACUCAUUUUCUCUAUCUAGAACCUAAAACCGCACAAAUCAGGUAUCACUAUGAAUGGGAUUCAGAAGGGAAAAACUCGCAAUCUCAAGGAACCAUUUCCAGGAUGUUUGGGAAGAAUGGUGAAUCUUUUUGACUUGAAUAUUGGGGUUCCAGGAAACAAGUUGCUCACAGAAAAUCCAUAUCAAGAUGGUUUUCCUCCAAGGAACCAAUCUGACAUGGCAAGCAUGCCUCCACUUAAGGACCAAAUUGCGGAUAAAGUGAUUGUGUCGAAAUUGAGCGGAACUAUUUCAAACAGAAAAUCAAAUGGAACACCAAUGAAGAUGCUCAUAGCACAAGAAAUGUCCAGAGCAAUAGACUCUAAACAUAAUCCACCGAGUGUUGUAGCCAAGUUAAUGGGGCUUGACCCCCUUCCACCUCAGCAAGCUGAUUCUUCUGAACAAAGAAAUUAUGCUGGAGGAAUUGCAGGAGUUCAUGCAGACUCACAGUUGAGUUAUUGCAGCAAGAGAAGUGGAUCGUUAAAUACAGAAUUGCAGCAUGAGUUUCAACAAUAUUCAGAGCAAAAUCAAUGCAAAGAUGUGUAUGAAGUUCGGCAGCAUCCACAGAAGAACUCUCUAAGGAACAAAUCAUCACAAAAGAGAAGGUUCGAUGAGAAAGACAAAAGGAUGGCUUUUGUGCGUCAGAAGUUCAUUGAAGCAAAAUGCCUAUCUAUAGAUGAAAAAUGUCGCCAGUCUAAUCAAUUCCAAGAUGCAUUGGAAGUUCUCAGUUCCAAUACUGAUUUGUUCCUCAAGUUUCUACAGGAACCAAAUCCUAUGUUUUCUCAGCAGAUAUCCAAUCUACAGUCUAUUCUUCCUCCCACUGAAAUAAAGCGAAUAACUGUACUUAGACCUUCCAAGAUGGUAGAGAACUGCAAAUUUGCUGGAAAGGAGAAGGACGCAGAAGAGGAAAACAGGACUAGCCUGGUAGGCCAAGUGAACAAAAUGGAUGAAAACCACCUGGAUCAUUCUCCCUCUUCAGCUAGUUGUAAUAUUGAUGAAAAUUCCACUCAACCUACUCGAAUAGUAGUACUAAAACCUAGCCCUAGUAGGUCUGGCAACCUCAAGGCUGUGAGUUCCCCACCCUGCAUAUCACCAGGAGGGUUGCAUCAUAAAAGUUUAUUGGAGAAUCCAGAAGAUAAUAAUGCUCAAGAAUCAAGAGAAGGGACAACAGAGAUCACACAGCAGAAGCAUGAAAACUUAGUUGGGCAUCAAAGGGAUGAAAUAUUGCUUUCUUCUGUGUUCUCAAAUGGCUAUAUUGGUGAUGAGAGUUCAUUCAACAAGUCAGAAAAUGAGUAUGCCAUGGGGAACCUCAGUGAUUCCGAAGUCUUGUCACCAGCUUCUAGGCACUCAUGGGAUUUCAUUAAUAAGUUCAACAGCCCUUUUUCCUGCUCCUCCUUGAGCCGUGCAUCUUAUUCUCCAGAAUCUUCAGUUUCUAGAGAAGCAAAAAAACGACUUUCAGAAAGAUGGGCCAUGGUGGCAUCCAUUGGAAUUUGCCAAGAACAGAGACCUCUCAGGCAAAGCUCUAGUACUUUGGGUGAGAUGCUUUCACUUUCUGAUGCGAAGAAGUCUGGAGAACCUGAUGAGGGAAGAGAUAAAGAACCCAAGGACUUAAAUUCCAAUCCAGCUGUGGAUACAAAUAAGAAGGAAGGUCUCGACAGUUCUUCAAGGAAUCUCUUGAGGUCAAAAUCUGUCCCUGUACCUUCUACCAGAUUUGAUUCCCAGUUGCAAGUAGAAAGUCCAGAAGCAAAGAUGGUGAAAACAGAAAUUCUCCAAGAGACAAUAAAAGAAAGAAGCAUAAAAUCAUCAUUCAAAGGGAAAGUUUCAAGUUUGUUCUCGAGGAACAAGAAACCUAGCAAGCAAAUGUUUGGCACCUUGGAAUGUGGUGAGGAAUCUCAUUUGGGUGAAAAAUAUUUAGAUCCUCCUAGAAAAGUAGAUGAUGAUAUGAGCCGAUGCCUAAACAGCAAUGGGCUUGAGUGCUCAUCUCCAGAUGUGCAUGGCUCAUCAGGCACAACAGUUUCUUCAAGCUUGCCUGAAAUGCAUGGCUUUAUUUCUUCAGAGGUUGGACCUGGACCAUCUGUAACAAAAUAUAGGCAUUCUGGAAGUCCAAGUGAGAAUCAAGAUCAACCAAGUCCUAUUUCAGUUUUGGGCACAUCAUUUGAGGAGGAUGAAUGUGUUACAGAAAUAUCCCUUGACAAUAUCAAACCAUAUUGCCAUGGGGAGUUGCCUGUUCACUCGAUUAGGUCGAAUCUAAUCGAUAAAUCUCCACCAAUAGGAUCAAUGGCCCGCACUCUGUCAUGGGAUUAUUCUUGUGAAGAUAUUGCCACCUCUUUUUCACUAAUACCAUCCUCAAUGCAAAGGACCAAAGAAGAAGAAGAAAAAGAGUGGUUCUUCAUUGUUCAGACAAUAUUAUCAGAGGCUGGCCUUGAUGAGGUACAAUAUGAUUCAUUUAUGUCAAGAUGGCAUUCACCAGAGAGCCCAUUGGAUCCAUCAUUGAGAGACAAGUACAUUGUUGAUUCACAUGAGGAGGAGACACUACAUGAGGCUAAGCGAAGGAAAAGGAGAUCAACCAGAAAGCUAAUCUUUGAUUGUGUCAAUGCAGUGUUGAUGGACAUUGCGGGACACAGGCAUGACACUUGCCAAAAAAUUGUUCCUAGUGUGGUACACAGUACCCUCCUGGAGGAGGGCGAGUCAUUAAUAUUAGUGGACCAUAUUUGGGAGAAAAUGAGGGAAUGGUUUUCGGGCAACAUGACAUGUCUCUCUGGUUAUAGUGGGGACGGAAACAGCUUUGUGGUGGAAAGGAUGGUAGAGAAGGAACUGGUGGGGAAGGGGUGGAUAGAAUAUUGGAAAUUAGAAUGGGAAAGUAUUGGAAAAGAAAUUGAAGGGAAACUUUUGGAAGAGAUUGUGCAUGAAGCAGUGUUUGAAAUGACAAGGAGAAUGUGAUGCGGCUUUUCUUCUUUAAUAUAUGUAUUAGUAUUUCCUUCCUUUUAAAAUAACAACACUAUUAUAUUUGUAUAUCAAAUCAAAUGUUUCAUAAUAAUGAUGCUUCUGCUAACAUGUAAUUCUUAGGUUGUAACUGUAUGCAAUUCUUAUAAACAGUACCCUCUUUUUCUGCCUGGC